CCCCUAUUUGUACCACCACCUCAACUUAUAUACAUAAUAUUGACAAAUGGAUAUUCCGGCGCCGGAGUUGGAAGAAGCAAUAUCCACACCUCCUAAACUCUCACUCUUUUCACUACCUUCUAAACCGCUUACGCUGCUACCGGAGGGCCUUACUCCGCCAUUAAACACCAUGGCAGCCAUCCCAUUCCUUUGGGAGGAAGCUCCAGGAAAACCAAGAUCCACUGUCGCCGACGAUCCGCCCAAGUCUAAAACAGUUAGGUCCUUAGAACUCCCUCCAAGACUCGCCACCUUGAGUCCUACAGGAGAUCAUAACCACCGUGACAAAUUAGGGAACAUUAAUGUCGGGCUAGAUGUCAUACCAUCUCCGACCACCGUGUUGGGGGGGCCUUACGAAGGCGCGUUGGAGGAGAAGGCGGUGGUGGUUGGUAGUAAAACUAAAGGAGGAAGGGUUAGGAUGCCUUUGAGGAAGUUAAUGAGGAAGGAGAGAUCAUCGUUCCGGUCAUGGAGGUGGGACAAUAAGGACAUUUUCAGGGAUGAUAUUGAUGACGGUGGAGGAGGUGAUAGAUCACCGUCGAUUCGGUUUUGCUCAUGGAGGUGGGAUAGUUUCAGGGAUACGCCUGCUGCUGCUGGUGGUGGUCAUAUCGGAAUCAAGAGAAAUAGCUUCGCCACCUUUAACAAUGCUUCUACUUCUGGCUUCUUGGCGAGCAUGUAUGGCACCUUCAAGCAAGCAAUGCCAUGGAGAUCAAGAAGAUUAUAAUGUCUGAUAUUUUAUCUAACUCAUUACAUGGUCUUCGGUAUCAUGAUAUUGGUAUCGAAAUUUAGUUAGGUGUUGGUGCAUAUAGAACAUACGAUGGUGCAUAUAUAUAUGUGUGUGUGUGUAGGAGUGAGGUUAUUCAGUUAUGUAUUGAUAUGAUUGUUAUCUGUCUGUUUCAUAUAUUGUGAAAACUAGACACCUUGGAACAAACUGCUCAAACAUCUUUAUAUGUUUUUAUUGUUUGUAUAGUCUUUAUGUUUCAAUCAA